UUCCUCUGUACCUUCCCAUCUCCUCUGUUUCCUCAAUUUCUCCAAAAGAAUCCUCAAAAAUGGAUCCAGUUUCUGCAUGGGGAAAUGAACCUCUUAACACAACUGACCCUGAAAUAUUCGACCUUAUAGAAAAAGAAAAACGUCGUCAAUGUCGUGGCAUUGAACUCAUUGCAUCAGAAAACUUCACAUCAUUUGCAGUAAUUGAAGCACUUGGUAGUGCCUUAACAAAUAAGUACUCUGAAGGUAUGCCUGGAAACCGUUACUAUGGUGGCAAUGAAUACAUAGACCAAAUUGAAAAUCUCACGAGGUCUCGCGCUUUACAAGCAUUUCAUUGUGACCCUACAAAAUGGGGUGUCAAUGUUCAACCAUAUUCAGGUAGCCCUGCAAAUUUCGCUGCAUAUACAGCGGUAUUAAACCCACAUGAUAGGAUUAUGGGUUUGGAUUUACCAUCUGGUGGGCAUUUAACACAUGGUUAUUAUACAUCUGGUGGGAAAAAGAUAUCGGCUACUUCAAUUUACUUUGAGAGUUUGCCUUAUAAGUUGGAUUCGUCAACUGGAUAUAUUGAUUACGAUAGAUUGGAAGAGAAAGCGUUAGAUUUUAGACCUAAAUUGAUUAUUUGUGGUGGUAGUGCUUACCCAAGAGAUUGGGAUUAUAAAAGGUUUAGAGAUGUUGCUGAUAAGUGUGGUGCUCUUUUGCUUUGUGAUAUGGCUCAUAUUAGUGGUCUUGUUGCUGCUCAGGAAGCAGCAAAUCCAUUUGAAUAUUGCGACAUUGUUACUACCACUACUCACAAGAGCUUAAGAGGUCCACGAGCGGGUAUGAUUUUCUACCGCAAGGGUCCGAAACCACCCAAGAAGGGCCAGCCUGAGGAUGCAGUUUAUGAUUUUGAAGACAAGAUUAAUUUUGCUGUUUUCCCCUCUCUCCAAGGUGGUCCCCACAACCACCAAAUCGGUGCUUUAGCUGUGGCUCUGAAACAGGCAAUGACUCCCGGUUUUAAGGCAUAUGCUAAGCAAGUGAAGGCCAAUGCUGUUGCUCUUGGCAACUUCUUGAUGAGUAAAGGAUACAAGCUUGUCACUAGCGGGACUGAGAACCACCUCGUUCUUUGGGAUCUUCGCCCUCUUGGUUUGACUGGUAACAAGGUUGAGAAGCUUUGUGACCUUGCCAACAUUACUGUUAACAAGAAUGCUGUAUUUGGUGACAGCAGUGCUUUGGCACCUGGAGGUGUUCGUAUUGGUACUCCCGCCAUGACAUCUAGGGGUUUGCUCGAAAAGGACUUUGAGCAGAUCGGAGAGUUCCUUCACAGGGCUGUGACAAUCACCUUGAACAUCCAAAAGGAGCAUGGAAAGCUUUUGAAGGACUUCAACAAAGGUCUUGUUAAUAACAAGGAAAUUGAAGAACUCAAAGCAGAUGUUGAGAAAUUUUCCUCAUCUUUCGACAUGCCCGGAUUCAAAAUGUCCGAAAUGAAGUACAAGGACUAAACUCACACUUUGCACCACAGCUGCUCUUCUUUGUUUUUUUCUAAAAAAAAAAGUUUCUGUAUCUUGUUUGGUUUAAGAAAAAUUUCCCUUCAAGUUUAUUCAUUCACUGAGAAGAAAAAAAAUAAGUAUUAUGCCUUGUUUCUGUACUUUGUAUUUUAGGUUAGUGAGUGGAUCUUGCCUCUGAUUUCUGUUCCUCUUUGGUUUCAAAAAUUGUUAUAAAAAUUACUAUUCAAGCAGAAAGAAAUACUUGUUCAGCGGAA